UUUCCUUCGUCCUAAAAUUAGCAGCUAGCCCAGAAUUAUUUCUUCUUAUCUAAAAUCUAAAACAAAAUAAACUUUUCACCCAAAAUCACACCGCCCCCUCUACCGAUAAGUCCAAAACGGUGCGUGCGACUUCAACGGCGGUCGUCCGUACGGCGAGCUUGGCGCGCAGCGCGGUUGGUUCGCGCGUUUUCCCCCUUUUGCUUUACGAUUUUCCGGAAACUUGAAUGAUGUCUAUCAAAGUAGCAAAUGUGUUUCAGUGCUGAAACACAACUUGAAAAACGAAUUAUAUUCACAUGCGAGAGAAAAAUAAUUUAGUGAGAUGGUUCGAUUUGAAAAUCACCACAUUCUGCAUGCUAUUAGUAAACGUGCUGCUUGCUCUAUCUUCUGCUGACGCACUUGCAUUGAGUUCCAUGCUAUCGUUUGUUCAUGUAUUCAUCGAUAUUAUCGAUUGCUCCGUUUGGUUUCGUGUAUACUGCCCAAAGAUCCAAGGGAACUGGCUUUCCAUUUCUUUACUCAUGGGAAUGGACGAAAAACCAAUACGCAGGCAAACCUCAAUAUCGAAGCAUGCUUUUUUUGAUCUCUCUCAUGUUUCUCCAUUGGUUUUCUUGUAUCUCCUUAAAGAAUGUUAUUCUUAUGGAACUUGCAAAGCAACCAUGAAGUUCCGUGCAUUACAACAACAACUGUGUCUAGUUUUACUCAACAAUUGCCAAAUUGGACCAGCUACUUGGAUUGCUCACUGCCUCUGCAUGCUGCCCAUGUUCCAACCAUACUGUGAAGGCUUCAGCCAUUUGGUAAUAUCUGCUCUUUGUCGUUUCUUAAAAACGGGCAGCAAUGAUGAAGAUGUAGUGGAAGCAAAAGAGUGUGCUGCCAAGUUAUUUCUGGACAUUGUCAAUGGCACUCUGGAACAUGACAAUGGGGUCCUUAUCAAGAUUAUUAAAGUUUUUGAAGUCACUUUAACAGAUAUUGAUAAUGCGAUGUCUGAUGUAUCAAUGAAGAGCAAACUUAAAGCUGAUUCAGCAAAAGAAGUGGUUGAACGAUAUGUUUGCAAGAAGCUGGAAUGCCAAUCUUAUAUGACUGCUGUUGAUCUGUUAAUACACUUCUCCAUCCGUGAUUCUGGAGAGUCAUAUUUAAUGAAAAUGAUGGAGUGCCAACAAAUGAAAGCAGCAGAGAAGUGGGCAUCAUAUUUGGGAAAGCCCAUGCUGUGUUUUCUCGUCCAGGAAUAUGUAGACCAGAAAUUGUUACAGCCUGCAUAUGAUAUUAUAAAGAAAAACAAUUUGCGCCAGGAAUUCCCUGAAUUGUAUCAUCAGAGUAAAGAAAGCUCACUUAAGAAGCUAGCAGAAAAAGGUGUCUGGGAGGUAGCAGAAGUGAGAGCUACUGGUGACAGAAAACUUCUUGAAUAUUUGGUCUAUUUAGCAAUGGAAGCUGGCUAUUUUGAAAAGGUUGAAGAACUUUGUGAACGCUAUUCCAUCAAAGGUUUCUCUAAUUCUGAAGAGCCAGAGUCAAAUCUUCCGCACCGUCACUAUUUAAAUCUUCACGAGUUAUGUAUUGAGGAUGUUUUGUGGGUUGAUGAAGUCAAUAGUCUGCGAGAGGCAAUAAACUACUUUAAGAAUUGCAAAGUUGUUGGUGUUGACUGUGAAUGGAAACCUAAUUAUGAAAAGGGCAGCAGACCCAGCAAGGUCUCCAUCAUGCAAAUUGCAUCUGAGAAGAAGGUUUAUAUACUUGACCUUAUCAAGCUGUAUGCGGAUGUUCCGAGUAUUCUGGAUGAGUGCCUUGGCUGCUUAUUUCACUCUUCAAGCAUUUUAAAACUUGGCUACAAUUUCCAGUGUGAUGUUAGGCAGCUUGCACUUUCAUAUCGAGAUUUAAAUUGUUUCAAACAUUUUGAGAUGCUUCUGGAUAUCCAGAAUGUUUUCAGAGAGCCAAGGGGUGGUCUUUCUGGUCUGGCUGAGAAAAUUUUGGGCAUUGGUCUGAAUAAAACAAGACGAAAUAGCAAUUGGGAGCAACGACCUCUGAGUCAUUAUCAGCUAGAAUAUGCCGCUCUGGAUGCUGCUGUUCUCCUCCACAUAUUUCGGCAUGUAGGCAGGCACUCCCAGCCUGUAGGCACCUCAGAUGGAAAUGCCAAGAUAGAAUGGAAAUCACAAAUUAUAUCCCAUAUGGACAGCUCAAAAGUGCCCAGAAAGGAUGUUAAAAUUGGAAAUGAGCCAGACACUCUGAUGAACUGAACAUGGAGGGUGAAGCAAAACAACCAUUAGGUAUAGCCAGUCUUGUACAGAACUUGCCAUGAUGCAGAGAACUUUUUGCGAGAGGAAUUGUAAAGUUUUCAACCUUUAUGACAAACAAUAAACAAAAACAUGACAAAUUGAAAUGAGAUUGAAGAUCUAGAUAGAAGGUCGAAUUUCUGUAUGCUCAAAUAAAAAACCUUCAUAAUUUUGUUCAUUUUGGAUCUACGAAAAGUAUUAUUGUAGACAAUGCUGUGGUGUAUAAAAUUCAUGAUUAUGAUAGGAGCACUAUUGUACGCAUCAAAGAAUUUCAUUGUCUAAUGAAACAAAAUGGUAUUCGCGAUA